AUGGGUAAUGAGAAAAUCGAAAACGUUAGACCGAAGGGUCUCGGAGUGCGACAUGCUCAGACGUUUCUUCUGUUCCUGGCAAUGCUGUUCGCAUUUUCUAUGCGUGUCAAUAUGAGCAUGGCGAUAGUAGAUAUGACGAAUCCUGAAAGAGAAGAGCACUUCGAUUGGUCGCAUAGUGUGCAAUCAAUGAUUUUGUCCUCGUUUUUCUGGGGAUACAUAAUACUUCAAUUGCCGGCUGGGGAGCUUGCGAGACAUGUAGGUGGAAAAAUUCUGAUGACCAUAGCUGUAUCAGUUAAUUCCCUGUUAUCACUCCUCAUGCCUCUUGCAGCUAAACAUGGUGGAUGGCAAUUAGUAUGCGCGUGUCGAGUGCUUCAAGGCUUGACUCAGGGUUUCGUGUAUCCCACUAUGCAUCAUCUUGUAAGUCAGUGGAUCCCGUUAGAAGAGAAUGGACUACUAGCUACAAUAAUUUAUGCAGGGGCUCAACUCGGAAUAGCUUUCCAACUAAUUAUAUCAGGCUUCAUAGCUGCUGCUUGGGGUUGGCAGGCGAUUUUUUAUACUAAUGCAGUUCUUGGACUCAGUUGGACAGUGGCAUAUGUUUUGCUUGGUUCUGCAUCACCGGAACAAUCGGAAAUAAUUUCGAAUGAAGAGUUAAAAUACAUUCAAAGGUCUCUAGGAAGAGUUGAUAAUCAAAAGUGUCAACCUGCUCCAUGGUCAAAAAUAGUCACGUGCUUGCCACUAUGGGCCGCUGUUAUCUCUCAUUGUGGACAAAACUGGGGAUUCUUUACACUUAUGACAGAAAUGCCCACUUAUAUGGCGAAAGUAUUGGGAGUUAAUUUGAAAAACAAUGGUGUAUUAUCAUCGCUUCCAUACUUAGCGAUGUUUUUACUUAGCUUCCCAAUGGGCAUGAUGACUGACAUUAUACUUGGACACGGAUGGAUUAGUACGAGCAAUACCAGACGACUCUUCAAUACCAUAGGAUUGUGGGGACCGGCCAUCGCUUUAUUGGGACUGUCCUACACCCCUGAGGGCAACACACUUUUAGCUGUUAUCAUGCUAACAUUGAGCGUCGGAGUAAAUGCUGGACAGUACGCUGGAUACAUGUUAGUCAUUAUUGAUUUAGCACCUAACUUCAGCGGAUCUAUGAUGGGGAUCUCCAAUUUCUUCGCGAACAUUAUCUCAAUAAUAGCUCCUCUCGUAUGUGGCUUUAUCGUGCAAGACGAGACCGAUCCAGCGGAGUGGCGGAAAGUAUUCUUCCUCGCCUCCGGAGUUUAUUUCAUCACCAAUCUUUUCUUUUUAAUAUUUAUGACGUCAAAGAAGCAACCGUGGAAUGAGCAUGAGAAAGAAACUGAUAUUGAAAUGAAAUCGCCGAAGUGA